UCCGUAUACUUCUUCUUUCUUUUUUUUGAUCAUUUUUCUUAUUUCAUUUCACUUCAUUUCAUUUCAUCUCAUUUUAUAUAUAUUUUUUACAUAAGUCAUGUCUGUCGUUGGUUUUGAUCUUGGAAAUCUCCAAUCAGUAAUCGCAGUAGCAAGAAACCGCGGUAUCGAUGUCAUCUGCAACGAAGUAUCAAACCGUGCCACACCUUCGUUGGUGUCUUUUGGCUUCAAGCAGAGAUUCUUGGGCGAGUCUGCAAAAACUCAAGAGAUCGGUAACUUCAAAAACACCGUAGGCAGUCUGAAGCGUCUGGCCGGCCGCAGACUCGAUGAUCCAGAGAUCGUAGGCAACGAAGUCAACUACGUGACUGCCGAGCUGGCCGAGGUCGACGGCCAGGUCGGUGCUGCCGUCAACUUCCUCGGAGAAUCACGCUCGUUCUCAAAUGUCCAGCUGCUGGCCAUGUUCUUGGGCAAGCUCAAGGAAACCGCCAGCCACGAACUGAAAAUCCCCGUCUCAGACUGCGUAAUCACUGUCCCCGGAUGGUUCACCGAAAUCCAGCGCCGCGCCGUCUUGGACGCUGCCCAGAUUGUAGGCCUUAACUGCCUGCGACUCGUCAACGAUCUGGCUGCUGCCUCUCUAGGCUACGGAAUCACAAAGACCGAUCUGCCUGAAGACAAGCCCAGAAACGUCGCGUUUGUCGACAUUGGCUACUCCAGCUACUCCACCGCAAUCGUCUCCUUUGUCAAGGGCCAAUUGACAGUCCGGGGAACUGCCUACGACAUCCACUUUGGCGGCCGCGCAUUUGACCAGGUGAUCGUCGAAAAACUGGCCGAACACUUUAAGGAGAAAUUCAAGAUCGACGUCUUCUCAAACAAAAAGGCCCUUAUCCGGCUCCGUGCUGCGGCCGAGCGCUGCAAGAAGAUGCUGUCGGCCAACCCACAGGCCCCGGUCAACAUCGAGUCUAUCAUGGACGACAAGGACGUUUCGGCAAUCGUCAACCGCGCCGACUUUGAAGACUGGGCCUCCCAUCUUUUUACCCGCACCGAACUCACGCUGGCAAAGGCACUCGAGAACUCUGGAAUGGCCGUGUCCGACAUUGACGCCGUCGAGAUCGUCGGUGGCUCAACCCGCAUUCCGGCCAUCAAGGCCACCAUCUCAAAGUUCUUUAACAAGGAAAUAUCGACCACUCUGAACCAGGACGAGGCCAUCUCGCGUGGCGCGGCGCUGCAGUGUGCCAUGCUCUCGCCCGCAUUCAAGGUCCGUGACUUCCGUGUCCAGGACAUCAUCACUUAUCCCAUCAAGCUACAGUGGGCCCAGACCCCCGAAGACGAAGACACCGAAAUCAUCGCUUUCAACAGAAACAACUCCUUGCCGUCCACAAAGAUCCUGACUUUCAACAGAUCAAAGCCGUUCUUGCUCGAGGCCUACUACGCCUACCCUGAAGAACUGCCGACCGGCAUCUCUUCCUGGAUUGGCCAGUACAACAUCAAGGACGUCGAGCCUGUCAACGGAGGCCCGGCCGAGGUCAAGGUCAAGGUCAAGAUCAACAUCCACGGCGUCCUGUCUGUCAUCGGGGCCUACACUGUCGAAGAAAAGGAAUUCGAAGAAGAAGUCAAGCUCAAGGAUGAUAAAACUAAAGAAGGCGAAGGCAAAGGCGAAGGCGAAGGCGGAGAGGAAAAGAAAGAGAUCCGAAAAGUCAAAAAGGUCGUCAAGGUGCGUGACCACAACGUGGUUUCGAUCACCUCUUCGCUUGCCAGGAACAUCAUCGACCGGUACAUCGAAGAAGAGAGCCAGAUGGCCGCAAACGACAAGCUGAUCAUCGCAACCGAGGCUGCCAAGAACGCGCUGGAGGAGUAUGGCUACGACAUGCGCGACAAGAUCAUGGGCCCGCUGUCGGACUACAUUGAUCCGGCCAUCAAGGAACGGUUUGCCGAUGACCUCAAUGCAGUCGUGGACUGGAUCUAUGACGAAGGAGACGACGUGCACAAGUCGGUCUAUCUCGAGAAACUCGAGGGGCUCAAGAAGGUCGGCGGUCCGGUCGUCGAACGCUUCCGGGAAUCAGAAGAGCUGGCCCGUGCCGACCGCCAGCUGCGUGCAGUCUGCAGUCGUCUGACCGAAGAGGCCAUGAGCACAGUCUAUGCCCACAUCCCUGCCCACGACAAGCAAGACAUCGUCGAGCGGUGCGAGCGGGCCCAGCGCUGGCUGGAGUCCGAGUUUGCCAAGCACAAGGGCCUACCCAAGCACGUCGACCUGCCUCUGACCUCAAAGGAAGUCCUCAAAGAAGAAGAGGAGCUCAGAGCAUUUGCAACCAAAUUGCUCAGUAAGCCCAAGCCAGCUACCCCUCAACCAGAAGCACAAUCCGACAAAAAAGAUACUAACGAUAAUGGUGAUGUUGAGGAGAUGGAUGACAAAGAAGGCACACCUAUGGAAGGCGUUGAAAAGGACUCUAAACAAGAAAACGGAAUGGAUGUAGACUAGAAAUAUAUACUUUGUCCUUCUUCUUGUUCUUCUUCUUUUAUAUUGAAGAUCGAUCAACUGUACAUGUCAAUACAACACAUUUUUUUUAAAACUUUUUUAUUUUAAAUGAAUGAAUGAUAUAUAUAUAUAUAUAUCUUUACAUGUCUUUAUAUAGAGAGGUAGAUAUAUUCUCACAGCUUAUUGGACUCUAAUUCUUCUGACAAAUACGAGUUAAAAAAAAAGUGGGGUAAAAAAUAAAAGGAAAACUUGGGUAAAGUUAAUCCAG